AUGUUGGUGCGAGAAUUUAUUGUGAAUGUGACUACAAAUUGCACUGUGUCUGGGCAUCCUGAUUUCAGGAAAGUUUUUGUGCGUGGUAGGUGUGUACAUUUUUCACCUGAGAUCAUUAAUCAGUAUUUGGGAAGGAGCACUAUUGCUACAGGAAAUGAAGAGCUGUCCUUGAGUGUUAUCACUAAUGAACUCACGGCUGGUCAGGUUAUGGAAUGGCCUGUCAAAGGCUUGUUGUCUUCUACUCAUUUGAGUGUAAAGUAUGCUAUCUUGAAUCGCAUUGGUGCUGCAAAUUGGGCUCCUACCACCCACAACUCAGAUAUUUCUUCAGGUUUGGCAAAAUUAAUUUAUCUGAUUGGUACUAAGGCUCAGUUUGAUUUUGGUGAAUAUGUCUUUGCUCAAACUAUGAAGCAUGCUGACACCUUUGCUGUCAAGCUCCCUAUUGGGUUUCCGUGUUUACUUUGUGGGAUUAUCUUGAGUCAACAUCCUCAAAUUCUCCUUGUUGAUGAGGUUCCUAGCAAGAAGGCUAGUCUUCUCACUAUUGAUUACAGGCUGCUAGCUGGUGCCCAUGUUUCUGAUGUUGCUGGUUUGGCUGAGAUGACUCAGGGGGAGGGUACUUCCUCUCAGAAGACUCCUGAGACUCCUAUUGCUGCGCUUAUUGCGGUGUCUAAGAUGCUUCAGGACACAAUUACUAGUUGUACAUUGAGGAAGAAGAAUGUGGACACUCUCAUUCUACAGUUGACUAAAGGCAAGAGGCCUCUUGACGACAAUGCUGCUGCUAAUGAUCAAGAUGAUGCUGGUACUUCUGAUGAUGACACUAAUGCUAGUGAUUAG